AUGCUGCAGGACCAGCUGCGCGAGACGCAGGAGGCCGCGGAGACGGAGAUCUCCGAGCUCCGGAAGCAGAUCGAGCAGAUGUCGACCGAGCAGACGGCCAAGGCGCGCAAGGACGCCGUCAUCUCGCGCUUCCAGGGCGUGCUCGACAAGGCGCGGCAGAUGGAGAGCCAGCGCGAGGUGUCGUCGUUCAAGGUCGAGGUCCGGAAGAAGCUCGAGCAGAAGGAGGCCGCGCAGCAGCGCCUGCGCGACAACUACAAGGAUGCGGUGCGGGAGCUGGAACAGGUCAAGCUGGAGAAGGCCACGUUGGAGCGCGAGGCCGGGAGCGCGAAGGAGCAGAUGCGGACGUUCGCGGACGCGAAGGCCGCGCUGGACGCGGACUGCCGGCGCGCGCGCGCGGAGGCGCAGGCCGCGAUGGCCAUGGUGCGCAACCUCGAGGAGCUGCUGGACCAGCAAAACAGCAAGGUGGAGGAGCUGGCGUUCUCCGCGCUGCGGCCCGCGCUGCAGGAGGAGCUGAUGAAGGUGCGGGGCGGGCAGGAGCUCGCCGGGUGGAUGAAGGAGUCUGGGCUGGUCGCGAGUUCGUGCGCGCUGGCACUGAAGCCGGCGCGCGAGGUGGCGGAGGCGCUGCGGGAGCUGUCGCGCGGCGCGGCGGGGGAGAUCCUGGAGCUCGCGUCCGCGCACGACGUGUCGGCGCUGCUGGGGCAGAUCUGCCACGACAGCGUCGAGCAGGCCGCGGACCUCGUGGCGCUCAUCCGGUCGGGACAGGUGCAGCGGAUCGCGGCGAUCUUCUCGAUGAUGGACGAGGCCGACGGCGCGCGGCUGGCGGACCGCGUCUCGUACGACCUGGCCCCGGAGGCCUUCACGAACGGGGACGUCGCCGCGGCGAAGGCGCAGGGCUUUGGCGACGCCGCGAAGCGGUCCGAGGUCCUGCGCGCGAUGGUGGACAAGUUCCGCCGCGCCGAGGCGAUGCUCCGGCAGGGCGACGACGAGUUCGACGCGCUGAUGUGGAGCCUGCAGCACGGGACCGCGACGGGCGCGGCCGGGCAGGCCGCCGGCUCUCCCACUGGCGAGGACGCUGACGACGCGGCCACGCAGCGCACGAUGUCCAGCCGGCAGCGGCGGCUCGCGGGGGCGAUGUCGCACUCGGCGCGGACGAGCUCGACGGCCGGAAGCAUCGAUCUGGGCACCGAGGGCGGGCACGGCAUGGAGGCAGCCAUUCACAAGAUCGGUAGCAUCGCGAGCGAGCUGGCGGCGGCGGUGGCGGACAUGGACGCCGGAACGAUCGCGGAGAUCCUGCGCGGGAAGAAUGCGGCGCUGAAGGCCGGCGUGCUGGCCGCGCUGGACCCCGAGAAGGCGGCUGCGGUGUCGGCGUACGACAACAGGCAGGCUGAGAUGCAGGCGCGUUUGGCCAAGGACGACGCUGCGGCGCUGCGGCGCGAGCACCCGGAGUACGAGAACCUGCAGAACCUGCUGGCGACGCUGGAGGAGGCGGACACGACCGCGGAAGUGAGGGACCUGCUGCCGGAGGUCCUCGGGAAGGCACACGAGAUCUACAACGUGACGCUGAGCGUGCGGCAGGUCAUCGAAGACGAGGAGCGCGAAAAGGACACGGAGCUCGGGGCGGACGAAGCGUCGAUGCUCUUCCUGUCGAGCAUGGAGGUGCUGGGGUCGACGGAGAUCGCAUUCGACCGCUGGCUGAACGGCGGCGACGACGACGACGACGGCACCCGCGCGCCGCAGGAGCCCGAGGUGCUGGCGACCCCGGACAAGACGGCCGCGGGAGGCAAGGCCCGGGCGAACACCAUGACGGUCAGCGCAGCACACAAAGCCAAGCGCGACGCCGUGGCGGACCUCGCGCGGCGUGCGGCCAUCAGCACGGGCAAGCAGUGCAAGGAGGCCAUGGCGAAGGGCGUGCGGCAGAUCGACGAGAUGGCGAUGGCGACCCCGAUCAUCGGCACCGUCGACGACAAGGAGCAGACAGUGGGCGUGGUGACGAGCACGCACCUGCCCGGGCACGUCUGCCCGUGCUGCGACAGCGAGGUGUCGUCGCGCCCGGUCGCCGGCGACCAGCUCGAGAUCGCGGGGCGCAUCGCGGAGGCGGUCGGCAAGGCCCUGACCAACGCGCUGAACUCGGAAGCCAAGCUGAUGAAACGAGUCGAGGAAGUCCUUCUCGGUCCGUCCGGGAUGCAGCUCGAGAUCCCCGCCGAGAUCAAGGACGCGCAGAAGCUCCGCACGGCGCUCGAGCGCGUCGUCCAGAAGGUGUCGCUGCGCAUCCAGGACUCGAGCCAGCUCCGCAAGCAGCUCGCCGAGAUCAAGAGCUACUCGAAGCCGCCGCGCACGGUGGUGGUCGUCAUGCUGCUGGCCUUCAUGCUGCUCUCCGAGCCCGGGCUAUCGCAGGCCGCGCCGGGCUUCGUCGUUCCCGCGGACCCGUCGCGCCUGUGGAUGUACCUGCGGCGGAGCAUCGUGAUCGAACGCAGCACGAAGCGGUACCUCCCGCGCCGCAUGGGCACCAUCAUUCGGUCGCUGCGGGAGAAGCCGCUGGCCUCGGCGGUGCAGCGGGCGGGCGAGGAGAUGAUGGCGGGUGUGGGGCACGAGGACGCCGUCAAGGCAAGUCAGUGCCUGGCGCUGAUCCGCAUGUGGGGCCUCGCGGUGCUCAACAUGGGCAUGGUGCAGGAGCAGAUCAUGAAGCUGCUGGACGAGUGA